GAAGUAAUUCCAGUUUUAGAAGCAAUUUCGUAAACAUUUGCAAACGCCAGAGAAAACUCGAGAAAAUCCGGGGUUUUAAUGUCCUUCUGAGAUGGUAAAUGUUAUGAAAGGAGUCCUUGUGGAAUGUGAUCCGGCAAUGAAACAAUUCCUCCUCCAUCUGGACGACACUCUGGCUUUGGGACGCAAAUUUAUCAUCCAAGACCUCGACGAGAAGCAUCUUUUCAUCUCCACGGACAUUGUGGAAGUGCUACAGGCAAAAGUGGAUGACUUGAUGGAUCAGAUGAGUUUCCCUCUUCACGAUAAAACCAACUAAAAGAGAAAAAUGACGAGUCGCGAGUCAGGAAGAAUCAAAGAAGCGGAUAAAAAACGGGUUCUCGAUGAAGCCUCCAGGAAAAGGCGUGCCCGGAAGGCUCUGGAAGCCCUGGAACAGGACAAUUUCCAUGAUGAUCCUCAUGCAGAUUUGGUGAUGUCGAAGAAAAUCCCCAAAUUUCAAGACAACUUGGACACUUCGAAGAACAAAAAAGGCAAGAAGCCCAAAAAUGCUGAAUACUUCAAGGCAAAGUACCGAAAGACAUUUGCGCAGCUCCUGGAGGAGGAUAAAACCCUCCGACCGGAUCCUCCAAACUACGGAAGUGCCCAGGCGCCUCCAUCGAGAUUCCCGGAACGACAUUUUUGUGCUGUUUGUGGGUUUCCAUCGAAUUACACUUGUACUUCCUGCGGCACGAGAUACUGCUGCGUGAGGUGUUUAGGGACACAUCAAGACACCCGAUGCCUCAAAUGGACAGCCUAGAUAAUUAUCAAUUUGCCCCUGAUUGUAUUUUUCUGCCCCAAAUAAAAAAAUAUUCAACUUUUUUCAAAA